GUGAAGCAACCUAUCUUCUCUGCUCUGGGGAGUGCGGAAGACACAGGGCUGUAAGAGAGAGAGAGAGAGAGAGAGGGAGAGAGAGAGAGGCGGAGUGGGGAAGUUUCAAUUUAAAAAGACAAUUGGAUUGACUGCCCUCAGACUUGCACUGCGACCAUGGGGCUGGGAAGAGGAAAGGAUGCCUACAAGCUGGCGGCGACCUCCGAUGGCGGGGACAAGAAGAAGAAAGGGGAGAAGGAUAUGGAGGAGCUGAAGAAAGAAGUCGAUCUGGAUGAUCACAAGCUAACCCUGGAUGAACUGCACAGAAAAUACGGAACCGACUUGAACAGGGGUCUUACCUCCACCAGAGCAAAAGAGAUCCUGGCCCGAGAUGGCCCGAAUGCCCUCACACCUCCUCCCACGACGCCUGAAUGGGUCAAGUUCUGCAGACAGCUGUUUGGCGGUUUCUCCAUGCUGCUGUGGAUUGGUGCUAUCCUCUGCUUCCUGGCUUACGGUAUCCAGGCUGCAUCUGAAGACGAACCGGCAAAUGAUAAUUUGUACCUCGGAGUUGUGCUUUCUGCUGUCGUCAUCAUCACUGGUUGCUUCUCAUACUACCAAGAGGCAAAGAGCUCAAAGAUCAUGGAGUCCUUCAAGAACCUGGUCCCACAGCAAGCCCUGGUCGUCCGUGACGGUGAGAAGAAGAGCAUAAACGCCGAGGAGGUGGUAGCUGGAGAUCUGGUAGAGGUGAAAGGUGGUGACAGGAUCCCUGCUGAUCUGAGAAUCAUCUCCGCCCACGGCUGCAAGGUUGACAACUCUUCCCUCACUGGUGAAUCAGAGCCCCAGACUCGUUCUCCGGACUUCUCCAAUGACAACCCACUGGAGACCAGGAAUAUUGCUUUCUUCUCCACCAACUGCGUUGAAGGUACCGCCAAAGGAAUCGUCAUCAACACUGGAGACCGUACCGUCAUGGGUCGUAUCGCCACCCUGGCUUCCAGUCUGGGGGCCGGCAAAACUCCCAUCGCCAUUGAGAUCGAGCAUUUCAUCCACAUCAUCACCGGCGUGGCCGUCUUCCUGGGUGUCUCUUUCUUCAUCCUGUCCCUCAUCCUUGGAUAUGGAUGGCUGGAGGCCGUCAUCUUCCUCAUCGGUAUCAUUGUCGCCAACGUGCCAGAAGGUCUCCUGGCUACUGUCACUGUGUGUCUGACCCUGACUGCCAAGCGUAUGGCCAAGAAGAACUGCCUGGUGAAGAACCUGGAAGCCGUGGAGACCCUGGGCUCCACCUCCACCAUCUGCUCCGACAAGACCGGCACCCUGACCCAGAACAGGAUGACGGUGGCCCACAUGUGGUUCGACAACCAGAUCCACGAGGCCGACACCACUGAGAACCAGAGCGGAGCCAGUUUCGACAGGAGUUCAACCACCUGGGCCGCUCUGUCCAGAGUCGCCGGACUCUGCAACCGAGCUGUGUUCUUGGCUGAGCAGUCCAACGUUCCCAUCCUGAAGAGAGACGUAGCCGGUGACGCCUCAGAGGCCGCCCUGCUGAAGUGUAUUGAGCUGUGCUGUGGCUCCGUUAACGGCAUGAGGGAUAAAUAUACAAAGAUUGCUGAGAUCCCCUUCAACUCCACCAACAAAUACCAGCUUUCUGUCCACAAGAACACAACCCCUGGAGAAACCAAGCACCUGCUGGUGAUGAAAGGCGCCCCGGAGAGGAUCCUGGACCGCUGCUCCACCAUCAUGAUCCAGGGCAAAGAGCAGCCUCUGGACGACGAGAUGAAAGACGCUUUCCAGAACGCUUACGUCGAGCUGGGAGGACUUGGAGAGAGAGUGCUGGGUUUCUGCCACUUCAACCUGCCUGAUGACCAGUUCCCCGAAGGCUUCGCUUUCGACACAGACGAGGUGAACUUCCCCACCGAGAACCUGUGCUUCGUCGGCCUCAUGUCCAUGAUCGACCCCCCUCGUGCCGCCGUGCCCGACGCUGUGGGCAAAUGCAGGAGCGCUGGAAUCAAGGUUAUCAUGGUCACAGGCGAUCAUCCGAUCACAGCUAAGGCCAUCGCUAAGGGUGUGGGUAUCAUCUCUGAAGGCAACGAGACCGUUGAAGACAUUGCUGCACGCCUGAAUGUUCCAGUUUCAGAGGUCAACCCCAGGGACGCCAAGGCCUGCGUUGUGCACGGCGGUGAGCUCAAAGACCUGAGCGCAGAGCAGCUCGACGACAUCCUGAGCCACCACACUGAGAUAGUUUUUGCCAGAACUUCCCCUCAGCAGAAGCUGAUUAUUGUGGAAGGUUGCCAGAGACAGGGAGCCAUUGUGGCCGUGACAGGUGACGGUGUGAACGACUCUCCAGCUUUGAAGAAGGCCGACAUCGGCGUUGCCAUGGGUAUCGCCGGGUCCGACGUCUCCAAGCAGGCCGCCGACAUGAUCCUGCUGGACGACAACUUCGCCUCCAUCGUUACCGGGGUGGAAGAAGGCCGUCUGAUCUUUGAUAACCUGAAGAAGUCCAUCGCCUACACUCUGACCAGUAACAUCCCCGAGAUCUCCCCCUUCCUGCUCUUCAUCAUCGCCAACAUUCCUCUGCCCCUGGGAACCGUCACCAUCCUCUGUAUCGACCUGGGAACUGACAUGGUCCCCGCCAUCUCCCUGGCUUAUGAAGAAGCUGAGAGCGACAUCAUGAAAAGGCAGCCCAGAAACCCCAAAACAGACAAACUGGUGAACGAGAGGCUCAUCAGUAUAGCAUACGGACAAAUCGGUAUGAUGCAGGCCACAGCUGGCUUCUUCACAUAUUUUGUGAUCCUGGCUGAAAACGGUUUCCUCCCCAUGGACCUCCUGGGGAUCAGAGUCCUCUGGGACGACAAAUAUGUAAAUGACCUGGAAGACAGCUACGGGCAGCAAUGGACAUACGAGCGCAGAAAGAUCGUAGAGUUCACCUGCCACACGGCCUUCUUCGCCAGCAUCGUGAUCGUGCAGUGGGCCGAUCUGAUCAUCUGCAAGACCAGGAGGAACUCCAUCCUGCAGCAAGGAAUGAAGAACCGCAUCCUCAUCUUCGGACUCUUUGAGGAGACGGCUCUCGCUGCUUUCCUGUCAUACUGCCCGGGCAUGGACGUCGCCCUCAGAAUGUACCCGCUCAAGCCAUGCUGGUGGUUCUGCGCCUUCCCAUACUCCCUCCUCAUCUUCCUUUACGAUGAAGCCAGAAGAUACAUCCUCAGACGCAACCCAGGCGGUUGGGUGGAGCUAGAAACAUACUACUGAUUCAACAUGGAGGGGAAGUGUUUCGUCAUUAUUCACUGCCAUGUUACAUACCUGUUCGCUAGGCACCCCCUCCCCCCUUGUCCCCUAAAAAAAUGCAAAACAUGGAUAAAUUAAAGAUAUCUCGAUGUAUAUGUCAUUCACAAUCAAUAAAACAUUUCCACUGUA